AGGAAAACAAAGUCGCAGCCCUUGUCUGUGCACAGAUGAUUGAAAGUCUGAUGUGUACGAUCUGCCUUCAGACGAGCGGUAUGACGUAGCAACUAAAAAUUUCUAAAAAACGCAAUUUUUUCAAUUUCUACAGAUCGUACGAGAAUCGCGGUUCCAUGUGGACAUAUUCUCUGUUCGACGUGUGCUGAGAGGGUGCCCGUCGUCAAAAUGAGGGGAAGAAACGUGAAAAAAUGCCCAACUUGUGCGACGAAAAUAAUGACCGUGGUCGGAAUGCCGAACAAACAACACAAUCUCCGAAAACAGUGA